AUGGUGUACAGUCUCACGUCCGACGCAUUCGUGAACGUACUCAAGCGCCUCGUCGGGCAUCGCGGACGCGUAACCGACAUCUACUGCGAUAACGCACGGACGUUUGUCGGAGCAAAUCGUCUUCUGGAGGAGAAUCGCCAAAAAUUCAACGACAUGCACAAUUCGAGUGGACUGCUCGUGUUCUGUGCAGACAAUAGAAUCACAUUCCAUUUCAACCCUGCUCGCUCGCCUCACUUCGGGGGCCUUUGGGAGGCCUCCGUGAAGACCUUCAAGUACCAUCUAUACCGUGUGAUGAAAGAUACACUGCUCAACAUAGACGACUUCAACACGCUGAUCAUUCAGAUCGAGGGGGUAAUGAACUCCCGUCCGCUCACUCCUCUUUCAUCGGACCCAGCGGACGUUAUCGCCUUAACUCCAGGCCAUUUGAUCAUUGGAGAACCCGUUCACUCUCUUCCCGAGCCGAAUAUUUGCGACAUUCCCAUUAACCGUCUUGAUUCCUUCCAGAAGAUGCAACAACGUCUUCAGCAUUUCUGGAGAGCCUGGUCACGUGAUUAUGUUGCCCAACUACAGGAUCGCAAGAAAUGGCCGGUUGUCCAUCCGGACAUAGAUGUUGGGACGCUGGUGGUUCUCAAAGAAGACAACGCUCCACCGAUGCGCUGGAAUCUUGGCCGGAUCGCGCAGGUAUUCCCCAGUAAGGAUGGACACGUCCGUGUGGUUCAGGUUCGAACCGCACAUGGUACCUAUCGACGGGCAAUAACCGAGGUUUGCCCACUUCCCAUCGAGCGAGAUGACCGUGAUGCACAUCCAUCAUCCUCACCGUCACCACCCACCAUCCACUGA